CCAAAGCAGAAGACAAGGACGUUUGUUCCACAAAGCUAGCGUAUCCUACUGUGGAAGCUCCUGUUAACCUUCUACAUGCUUGCUGAAGAUCCCUGACGGACUGAAGUCUCUAAUGUCGCGAGGGAAAGUCGGUCCUCGUCCAGUUAUGGACACUACCCUCCUCUCUGCCUCGGCAAUCGGCUCUCCCGCCGCUUUCUCCACGGCCAUCAAGCCGCCGGGAAGUUUCAACACCCAUCACAGCGACGGAGACGCCUCGCUGUUGGCGCACCAGCCGCACGAGGUCUCCCGCCUCCUCAGUGAUAACGUGGCAGGACAGCUUUCCCUCAGCCUUUCGUCCGAGCAUCCACGUACUGAAGGAGCCGUUGCUGAUGAAACUUCUUUUGGAAUCCUGGACCUUGAUAAUCUCCACGAGAGCUCAAUGUCAGUGUUCCUCACGUCCCCUCGCACCAGCCGCGACCUCAUGGGCUCUAAUCUUCCACUUGCGGUCUCCUCAACCUCUCGAGCUCUCACCUCGACCUCUCAGCUCCCCCUCUCUCCCCCUGCCUCCAUGGGCCCUCUGAGACUCUCCGGAACCACGGGAUUUGUAGGGGGAUCGCACGUCGUCGAGCAAGAUGGAGGGGGAGAAGAAGGGAGAGAGGGAGAAAGAGAAGUUGGUCUUCCGGAGGACUUACUGGAAGUGUCGAGCUCUGUGGGGUACAGUUCAGAUGCGGAGGAGGAGGGGGAGAUGAUGGGACGGAGAGGAGAAAAUCUAAACCCGGUGGAGAGAGAUUCAGAGCACAGUGAUCAAGUCAGACUGACUGGAGACGGCCACGAGAAGAGAUCAUUAGAACAACAUCUCCCUCUUUUACCACCUGUGUCGCCUCGAGGAGAAAGAAGUGGAGAAGUAGAAGGGGAUCGAGGAGGAGGAGGAGGAGGAGUAUUUUCAGUGUCUGAGAUCUUGCAGGAGGCCCAGAGGGGAGGAGAAGACCGCAGAACAAGUCACAGGUUCCUGGCCACGACACACUCCCUCAUCACCGACCAGGAAGAGCCUUCUGCCAUGAGACGGGCUGCCGAGUUCGGCAACAGAUUACAGCCACCAGACCAGGUUUCCUCGAGGGUGGAGAGAGAGGAUCUGUCACAGAGGUCUGCCCCGGUGGCCAGUGGUGGUGACAAGACCAGACGAACUACCUUACCACCUUUAGCAGGACAGUCUAUCACUAGUUCUGGCACUGCCAAUACCACAGUCACUCUGCCUAAUUCUGCUGGAGGUAGUACUAGGGGGCUUCCCUCUGCCUACCUUCAUCAGUCAUCGGUACACAGCUCAGCCUCACCGCACACUGUGUCCCGCACUCCUUCGGGCACGCCUGAUUCCUCCCCUCCCCUCUCUCCUCGUCCUCCUCCUCCUAUCCCUACUUCUCUCUCCCCUCUCGCCACCGGAGACAACCAGAGAUAUUCUGCACGGGGAGAGGCUGGGGAGGAAGCGAGAAACUCGCUCUAUAACCCAUUUGACUCAGAAGAUGUGGUGGGAGAGGUAGUGAUGGGAGACGAGGAGUUUGGAGGAGGAAUGGACUCCGAUUCGUUCGUAGCUCAGCUGAGAGCAGACGAGGCAGCUCUGGAAGAGGCCAACAAAUUUCUACUACCAGCAGAAUUUGUGGCUUCUACUCCCCAGACUCCGUCCUUUACUCACCUCUCGUCCACCUCCCUCCCUCCCUCCUCUCUCCCUCCAUCACUGCCUCGCUCGGGGGAGAGGGAACUGUCAGUGGGCGAGUACUUUGGCCGACGCAGCUACAAAAUGGGUGCUCUUGAGGGCUCAGGAGCUCUGUCUUCCAGUGAGAGACCUCAGUUUUCUUGGCUGUCCUCCACGCAAAGCUCGCAGCCCACGCCACCCAGUGAAGGGAGGGAACCUCAAGCCUCGCAGUCUACUGCUCCCAAGGCAAGUCCUGAAGAUGCGGACACCACACUUGUGGCCAGCGAAGACGGACAAUUGGGGGAAGAUGACGAACCAGCUUCUCAUCCUCAUCAUCCACACAACUCUGGAUCAGAUCUGGCAAAGAUUGGUGGAGUUCCCGUCAGCUCUGUUCAAACUCGCUCCUCUUCUAACACGACCCCUUCUGUUCCACCAAAACUGCGUCCUGCUACAUACCAGAUCCCCAAACUCGACCUCUCUGGUCUGUCAAAGACCAUCAACGCCACUCCAACUGUCACCUCUUCAACAACUGGCCAUAAACUCACCCUUCCCUCCUCCAUUUCUGCCAGUACAACCCCCCUCUCCACAUCACACUCUCUUGCUGCUGCUGCUAAAUCUCUACCAACGCCGGUUCCUACUGUUGCCAGCAUAACCUCUUCCAAAAGAACGUCUCUUACUCCAACCACCGUAGCUAGCGCGUCGCUCUUCACCCCCGGAAUGGAAUCAGGGCUCCAACACUCUGGAAUGGACUCUGGACUCAGCAGUGGUAUGGAACACAGACUGGAGUCCCGGUACUGGAGACCCAGCAGUGGGACGUCGACACUUCUCUUCCCCGAACUCUCUGCCACCUCUCUCUCCCCCCCACCGACCGAUAUCGCAGGUCUCAGCUCCAUGCCCACUCCCUCCAUUGCACACCUCUCUGGAGGGUUCAACGCCACCUCUGCCUCCGAAGUCCCCAACUUUCUGGACAGUCUCCUCGGUUCUCUCCCUGUGCCUUCCUCUGUGGGAAGGCUCUCUCUGUCGGGGGGUCCCGGCAAGAUUCCAGGGGUGUCUCUGCACUCACCACCUGUCAGUAAGACAGUAGGUGGUGGGGUGACAUCUGCACAGGUCACCGGUGCCUCAACUGCUUCAAACUCUCCCCGUAUUAGCAGCAACUCUACCAGUCUUGAGUCGGGAAAUGCAGAGAAAAACGAUGAACGUCAAUCGCCACUUGUCAGUCUAGCUUCAAGCUCUAGCAAGACACCACCGGACCUUAAAGCUAGUGAGAAAAAGAAGAAAAGUCGUCUAGAAUCACCUCCGGGUAGCGGGUCAGCUUCAAAAGAUUAUCUAGUGGACAGUGUCCACCACAGUGUGGGGAGUCCAGGAGAAGCUGGGAGUCCCGUGAGACAGCGUCCACCGAGUCCCAGGACAGAGACCGCCAGGAAGAAGAUAUCGCAGUUGAAGGCUGCUCUGGAUGCAACUGAAUUCGACGCUGCGGCUUUCCUCUCUCGUCUGGAGGGAGAGAAAGGCUCCUCGGUUGCCCAGCCUCUCUCUUUGACCACCGGCACGUCUGUUUCAAUGGCUCCUGCUGCUACCCAGCCCAGCACAAGUCUUAAUCAAAGUCCCCCGAAUACAAGUGGUACUAGUCUACAAUCACCAGUUGUUGGUCAAACUUUGACGAAUGUGGACCAUCUGAGUCUUACCACCGCCAGUCAUGGUACAACCACUACUGUUAGUACUACUACCACUACGGUCAACCAAACUACCACAGUGGUUGGUCAAAGUGCAGACACAAUGGUCAACCCAACUAACACAGUGGUUGACCAAACUACCACUUUUGCUCACGUUCCCUCCAAAAUGCUCAGUCAACCUUCCAUUGCAAUCAGCUCAACAGCGACAAGCUCUGCAUUGCCAGCUAUUUCUACUGGUAGGAACUUACCACAUGCCUCUCCCUCUCCCCCAAAACCCUCAAUAUCUUCACCUCUGCCAGUGAGCAUGUUGGGCCAGACCUCCACAGCAAAUGUGAGCGUAUCCAGCAACACCAGCAGCACCAGCAGUGGUGCCCUGAAUCUGGAAGACGACUGUGGUGGGUCACCAGAGAGUGAAGUGGAAGGAAAGGCUCGGAAGAGAGGAGAGCGGAAGAGGCCUCGUCAGCCUCAGAGUGUGGCAGUACGAGACAUCGGUGUGGGGACGACGCCCAGUCUCCACAGAACUCAGACCAGAUCCGGCUCUCACAUUCACACCAGCAGAAGCUUGGACGAGUCUCUGGUGAACAUCACCCAGCCAGUCUCAGCGUCCAUUGUUUCUCACGCUGCUCCCCUCUCUCCCUCCACGUCUCCACAGAGAAAGGCCACCCGCUCCUCUCCCCUCUCUCCACCCUCGUCCUCCCUCGUAUCUCCAUUGCGCAAUACGAGGGAGCAAUCUUCGUCGUCACAACCCAUCUACACCUCUCCUCGUCUCCUCCCUCACACUUCCCUCUCCCCUCCCCCACAGCCACACCCCCAACCCCUCACGGGGCGCGAGAGACGAAAGACCCCCCAACCAAACUCCCUCCGGGUCCCCGACUCGCUCAUUUUCAAGACCCCCUGCUGCGUGGGGGUGACCCUCCCCGAUCACCUCCAGAUUAGCAACGUCGGCGACAGAUGGCUGCAGCUCAACUUCGAACUGGGCGAGCUCUACCGCAACGGAACACUUGAGACUGAUCUCUCCUCCUUUUCCUUCCCCCAGAGAUGCUUUGUGAGCCCGAGGAAGACGGAAUCGAUAAAGAUUGGUUUUUCUCCAAAGCAGGCUGGCAGCUAUGAGGCGGUGCUGGUGUGCCGAGCUCGACUGGUUGUGAGCAGCGAGGGAGACAGUUCAAAUUUUAUCCAAGAGAGCGUGGUAGUGAAAGCGCUUGCCGUUCCACCGCUACUCGAAGUUGCGACACCCUCCACAUCGAGCGAGGAAACCUGUCUCGACUACGGCCUGUUAACGACAGGGACGUCCCUCUCUCUCCCGCUCCAUCUUACAAAUCUCGGAUCCUCGGAACUACCGCUGCGACUCGCCAUUGCCGCACCCACCCUCUCCCAGCUCUAUUUCUCGUUUGACGAUCCACCUCCGUCUCUCAAGACGCCUUCCUCUUCCCCCUCCUCCUACCUUCACCCUCGACCCUUCUCUACCACAUUCAUCCUUCCCCCCAAACCAUUGGGCAGAGACAUAAAACCAGAGACAUAUCUUCUCAGCGUAAACUUCAAGUCUCCAAAGAAUUUCGCAGACGAUUCGACUCUUCUCGGCUCUCCCGAGGAAAUCAAGGCACAAGUUAACGUAUCAGUCGAAGGACCCAAUUCCACUGGCGUUCUGUACAGUGUUCCCGUCCGUGUGACAGUGGGUGUGGCUAGACUUCACGUACCUCGCUCCCUCCAAGCCCUCUCUUUCUCGUGUUGCGAAGGACAGACCAUCACACGAGAUGUCCCGUUCAAAAACGGCGGUAACAUACCCCUGCAGAUAGCGCUGGAGUUUUCCACUGAGUGCAAGCACUUUCGGGUGACACCUGACUUUCUCGAACUCUCGCCCAGCGAAGAGGCCCAGAUUAAGGUGUCAUUUUCACCCCACUCAUCUCCGCUACUGAUAAACGGGCGUCUAAUGGUCCACGUGCCGCCCCACGGGCCGAGCUACGAGUUAAAAGUCCAAGGAACCGCUCUGGAGAGAGAAGAAACGGACAAACGAUACGAAAACCUCCUCUUCUGCAGCAAGCGCUGCCUCUACUGGGGCGGGGUUGAAGUUGGAGACACAGCGGAGCAGACACUACUCCUCCAAAACAGUUUUUCUUCCGCGGUCCCACUCCAGUUUUCAAUCCGUCAUCAGAACCAGGGGUUCCAGCUGGAAGUCGAACUGAACCUCCUCUUUUCCCCUCCGUCCACGGCCGUCUUUCGCAACGCCCUCGACAUCUUCGACGCGCUCCACUCUAAGAAGUUUCGCAUCCCGCUGUGUGGCUACGGGGGAACGUCUCGAAUCGAAAUCAUCAACGUUCGUCGCUCCACCUCAGGAGGGGUGUGGGUGGACAUCGGACCUGUCGCAGUACAGACAGAGUCCACGGUCAAGAUAUCUCUCUACAAUUCAGGAUCGCGAGCAGGAUUUGUGAAGGCGCUCGUUUUGCCAGUGGACGAAGAGGAGGAGGCCGCAACAGAUAAAGGAACUGAGUGUCACGUACAAACCCUCCUCCGGCGAAGAGGUGGAAAGUGUUUGGAAGGGACUGCUCCACUAGCUCGUCUGGUCUUCGUCCACGGAGAUGAAAUAAUCAGGCAGAGAUUUCAGAGGGCCUUGCGGCAAGGGGUGAAGAAGGAGAAGAGGAGGAGGAGGAAGAGGAGGGGAAAGGAGGACUGGGGUACACACUCAGCAACCAGUUCAACCAGAAUUUCCUGUUUGAGUCACCUCGAGCAGGAGUCCGUGGAGUCAGAAUUGGACUUUGCUCAGUUUGAAGUGGAGAAUGAGGAGAGGUUUUUCGAGCAGCAGAUUCAGCAGAUCGAGGUGGCGUUGUGUGGUAGUCAGGCGCCCUGCCCGCCAGCUCUCAGAGAGAAGACCCAGCGUCAACCUCUCUCCAUGUCCUUUGACACACCACCGAGGACACUGAAGAUGGCCACCAGUCCGUCACACUCUCCCUCCAAGACCACUCCUCCUCCCGCCGGUACUGUCUCUCUCUCCACUUGGAUCAUCUCGUCUCUCACUCUCCUCUUCCCUGAUACCACCUCUGGCCAGCGUUCAGAAAAGAUGCUGGAUGUGCACAAUCCUUACUCGCAGUCCCUCCAGUGGAAACUCAGCUCCGUGGCCUCUCCGUUUGUUAGAGACGCGGCCGGUUCGUCUAGCAGCAUAUGUAAGGCCAACUACUCAGUGUUUUGGGUCCAUGAGAGGAAAGGAACUGUGGCUCCAACCUCCUCAGCACAGGUGUUGGUGAUGUUCCAGCCUCACGAUGUGGGGUCGUUCUCUCAGAUAUGGGACCUGCAGGUCUUCGGCAAAGAACUGGAGAAUGGUUCUAAGAAGAUUAGACUCUCGUUUGGAGGAAAGGCUGUUGGAAAGCGUUCUAGAGCUGAGCAGGCCCCACGAGUCCGUUUCACCUCUCCUCCACCUUCUCCCCUUCACCCCACCAAACCUCCCUCUCCCUCCCUCACCACUGGCACCAGCUCACACCCUCCCACCCUCACAACGGGCACCAGCUCACACUCACCUCCCACCCUCACCACUGGCACCACCAAACGAGCAGUGUACAUCAAGGAGGAGACAGUUCAGUUCCCGAGUACCGAAGUCGGGAGUGAGACGUCCGUGAAAGUAAAAGUUUGCAACAGAGACAAGUGCCAGCAUCAGUUUCAGGUGGUGUCCCUCUCUCCUCCGUUCACCAUUGAACACCACUCAUUCCUCUUAGGCCCUCGUCAGUGUGCCCGUCUCCCAGUUUGUUUCACGCCCACCAGACCUGGCGUCUUCGAAGCUGUUCUUGCAGUCAGAACGGCGACUGGACACCAGGCAUUUUCACAGCUCACAGGAACCGCUAUUGCACACGAAUAUUCUCUCUAGCUCUCUCUUCAUUAUACACAUGACA